AUGGAGCUGCACUUGCGGAUUCCGCCAGAGAGGUGGUGCAUCACCAUCGCGGAGUUCUAUGCUUUUGUUCGGGAGGUGCGACGUGUCUGGGCGGCCGGGCAGGUGCCUGAAGGCGAGCCAGGAAGCAACCCGCAACACGGAGACCCACAGCAUGGCCCAAACCUCUACCAGGUGAACGAGCACUAUGUGAAGCCACUCACCCGGGCUGCGGGCAACAUGAGCUACGCCCUGAUGAAGCAUCCAGAAGGACUUCUUUGCCAGGUGUUCAUCUCCCAUGCAUGGGCAGAGGGCCUUUUCGAGCUGUCCGACCUCGUGUAUCGGGGCUGGCCUCGUCUACAGCGGCUGAACCACUUGUACUGCUGCCUACUUGCAAACCCUCAGAACUUGGACAUCGGAGCAUUGCUGGAUGUGCCCCCAGAGGAGAGCCCCUUCGCAAAGGCAAUGCAGGCUGCUUCGCACGUCCUGGUGAUACCAAAUGAUACCGUGAGCAUCUACACUCGGCUAUGGUGCGUCUUCGAGGCCUAUUUGGGCACCCGCUGGCACAAGACCUGCAUCAUGCCAGCCCGUCCCCGUCGGUCGGUUCAGUGCUCUGUGGCGAUGCGGACCCUCCUCGUGCCUUGCGUCGUGGGCUUGUUGGUAGGGGGCGUGUGGAUGCUGAGCUGCUCCCGAAGCUGCAUGCACUGUUUCGUGAACCCAGUCCUUGUUGCCUGCGUGAUGCUGACGCUGGUCUGCUUCUUGAGCUCCCUGGCCAUGGAGUGCUGGUCCAGGCCUGUGCGCAUGUGGGUCAAGUGCAUCGUCAUCCGCUCUGUGCACAUUCUGGUAACUUGCGCUUGUGCAGCGGUCGUGGUGCCUUAUUCCGCAAUGACCCGGUGGGGCGACAAAUUGUGGAGCCACCUUUUCCAGCGCUUGAUCCCCGUUGCCUUGUGCCUUUUCAACAUGAGUCGCACAGCUCAGCUCAACCAACACCACCUGGAGGACGCGGAACUGAACAAGCAAGCCAGCUUCCUGGCGAUUCAGACGCUGGAGGAUGCCACCUGCUCCGACCCUCACGAUGAAGAGAAAAUCCGGCAGGCCAUACAAGGCUUCGAGGCCGAGGUCGACGUGACCAUUCGCGUGUUGAUGCGGAGUGGUGCCUACAACGACGCCCUUCGCGCCGCCUACGAGAACGGCGAGGACAUCAGUGGCUCCGGGAACAGCGAUUGCAUUGUAAAGACGGGCCUGGUGACCCUGAUCUGGUUGCUCUCCACGCUGGACUCCGCUGGCUUCCUUGAAUCCUACGUCAAGUGCCGUGACGGUGCCUUCCACAAGGGCUUCGAUGGACUGUUUGUGCUGGGCCUGGCAGUGGCAGUGCAAGCAAGUGCGCUCUUCCUGUUCCCCAUCACUGCCUGGCAUCUGCAGCUGAGCGGCCUGGAACGUGUGUCUUUUGCCGUCAAAGUGUGGGCCUUGUCGACGCUGAUUGGGCACGGCUUGCCACUGCUGCUGGAGAUCCAGCUCCGGCUCCUUGUCUUCCACACCUGCGGCGGCGCAAAAGGCACGGUGGUCGAUCCCCUGCCGGACCGAUGUGACUCAUGGGACCGAUGGCUGAUUGUAGCCUUCUUGCGGCCGCUUUCGGCAGUGGUGGCGUUGACUUGUGCGACUGUGGGGCCCUGCUAUCGCCGUUGUGGUUACCGAGGUGAACUUUCGACUGAGCCGGAGCCAUCAGACACCGAGUCUGCGGAGAGUUCCGAAGACAGCCAGUAG